AUGUCAGCCCCUGCGCAACACGAACAAAGUCACGAGCAUGAUGACCCGGCAGAAGAGUUCAUCGACCAAAACGACGUACUAGCUGAGGUUGGCGAUGAAGCAGAAGGCGAUCACCCAAUGGACGAAGAUGAAGAAGCGCCCGAGGGAACAGGCGAGCAGCUUGACAUCGAACAGGACGACAUUGUCUGGGAGGACAACUCGAUCCAACAGUUCACAUCCCAUAACCAGAAAUCUGUCUUUGCCGUAUCUACUCAUCCCACACAGGCACUCGCUGUAUCCGGUGGCGAAGAUGAUAUGGGAUAUAUAUGGGAUCUUUAUACCGGAGAGAUUGUUGCUCGAUUGGGAGGUCAUGAGGAUAGUGUGGCGGCGGUUGGGUUCAGUUCCGAUGGAGAGAUGGUCGCUACUGGCGGAAUGGAUGGUCAUGUUCGAUUAUGGAGAAGAGUAGCAAAGUCCAACGGUUGGAAGAAUUGGGAGUUUUUGACCGACGUGCAGGGGCCGGAUGAAGUUGUGUGGCUAAAAUGGCAUCCGAGUGGUAACGUUCUGGCGGCGGGAUCAACAGACUCGACGGUGUGGGUAUGGAAUUUCCCAAGCGGAACGCCUCUUCUCGUCCUCUCUGCCCAUGACGCGCCAUUGACAUCAGGCUUAUGGACACCCAACGGCAAACGACUCCUCACAGCAUCUCAAUCUGGCACAUUGGUCCUCACAGACCCCCGAACCCCCACCCCCGAGUUCAAACUCUCUCCAACCGACGCAAGAUUUGCAUUCGAGGGAGGCAUAACAUCCAUCGGCACCAAUCCCGCAGGAACCUUGGCCGUCGUGGGAGGAGCGGACGGACAGGUCCGCGUAGUGCACAUGGGAAAGGGCGAAGUGGUUGGAGCGCUCGAAUCCCAUGGAGAGGGCGAAUCCGUCGAAGCCAUCGCAUUCUACGGAGACUUCGUACUCACAGGUGGCACGGAUGGUAAAAUCCAUGUUUCCGACUUGACCACUCUUCGCCUUCGAUCUUCACUCCUCGGCCACUCGGACGCCAUCACGAGCUUGAACGUUCAUGGCGAUGGCCUGCUCACGAGUUCGAGCGCGGACAAGACUUCGAGAACGUGGGAUAUCCGACGUGGACAAGAACUGAGGGUCCACAAGGGACAUGCCGGACCUGUGCUUGGAGCAAGUAUCGGUUCUAGAGGAAAGGAAGAGGUCGUGGUUAGCGCAGGAGACGAGGGAGUUUGUUUGGUUUUUGCAACACAGUGA